UUCAAAUACUGAGCCACCACAUGUGAUGUCUCAGCAUUUGAAUAUCAUGUGAUAGCUGACACCAGACUAUUACUAUAAAUACUAUUAUAGUUACUAUAGUUCAAUUUCCAGCACUAAGAACAUGUCAGAGAAGGAAAGUAUCUCCUCAGAGAAGGACAAACUCAUCACUACAGAAAAAACUUAUGAUCCAUCAGCUCCUUAUGGGUAUGCCCAGCCUCCAGUGUAUAUACCACCUCAGGAUUACUUGUAUCUCUCCAUCUUCUCAAUCAUAUUCUGCUUCUGGCCAGUGGGACUGAUAGCACUCAUAAAAUCAGUUGAAGCACGUAAAUUUUAUCAAGAUGGACUAGUGUCUGAAGGACAAGCCUCAGCUGCUGAGUCAAGGAAGUACAAUAAGAUUGCAAUCAUUGUUGGAAUCAUACUUCAUGCAAUUGGAUGGGCACUUAUUGUUGGUAGUGUUGUGACUCGAGUUGUUCUGCAGUCAUAGCUUCUGGACUCAAGCUAUAGAAAUUAAAACCUUGCUAAUGAUUUAUAUUAUAGUCAAUGCACAUUAUUACAGUUUCCUUUGCUAAUAAAUAAAAAUAAAAUAUCAGGCUAAUCUUGGGCGUGUCCACUCCACUGUUAGGAAUUUGUUUAGUCAUCAUUCAUCAAAAAAAUACAAAACUUGCAGGCAGAAAUGGAAAAAGGACAAGACUUUACUACAAAAGAAACCUCUCAAACUGAACCUUUUCCUGAAAAAUCUUACCAACCAGUCCCUGGUACCAUUACAUCUCCUCCACCAGUCCCACCUCAGGACUAUCUCAUAAAAGCAAUCAUUGCAUUAAUUUGCUGCUUUUGGCCUCUUGGAAUAUUUGCUGUGUACAAAGCUGUUGAGGCAAGACGCUUGUAUCAAGAAGGACAGUAUGACUCUGCUGAAAAGACUUCUAAAGAAGCUGGCUAUUUCACAAAGCUAACUUGCAUUGUUGGUUGCAUAAUGCAAGGGAUAACAUGGGCUAUCAUUAUAUUUACUUAUGCCGUUGUGGGGAUUACCAUUGGAGCACUGUUUGCAGCCGGAGUAUUUAGUAAUGCUACCAAAACUAAUUAAACAGAUUCCAAUCCAUUCAUUGUAUACUUGUAAAUUAA